UAAUCUCACUCCUGCAUGUGCAUCGUAUCAUCGCGGCUUUCGUGUCAAGCACACCGCCUUCUCCUCUGCAUUCCCCGUCCCGUCCCGUUCCCCCUCCUCCUCGUCCGUGGACGGGAGGAGCGCCACCAGCCAGUCAUCCCCCCGACGCCCGACCCACGACGGUUGACGGCUCCGAGAUCGAUCGAUCAAUCGCCGGCCGGAUCGAUCGGAGGAGAUGGGGAAGAUCCAGUACGCGGUGGUGGCGCGGGGCGCGGUGGUGCUGGCGGAGCACAACGGCGCGGGGGCGGCCACCAACGCGGGCGCCGUCGCGCGCCAGAUCCUCGAGCGCCUCCACGCCAGCGGGGGAGCCGCCGCAGCCGACUGCAACGUCUCCUACACCCAGGGCCUCUUCGUCUUCCACGUCAAGCGCACCGACGGCCUCACCGCGCUCUGCAUGACCGACGACGCCGCCGGACGACGGAUUCCUUUCGCGUUUCUGGAAGAUAUCCAUGGAAAGUUUGUCAAGGCGUAUGGUCGUGCUGCUCUCACCGCUCUUGCAUACACGAUGAACGACGAGUUCUCAAGGGUUUUGAGCCAACGAAUGGACUACUACUCAAAUGACCCCAAUGCCGAUAGCAUAAAUCGCAUGAAGGGUGAAAUGGAUCAGGUGCGUAGUGUUAUGAUUGAUAACAUCGACAAAGUCCUAGAGAGAGGUGAUCGUUUGGAAUUGUUGGUUGAUAAGACCGCAACUAUGCAAGGAAACACGAUGCGGUUCAAAAGGCAAGCUCGUCGUUUCAGAAACACGGUGUGGUGGAGAAAUGUCAAGCUCACAGCCGCGUUGAUAUUCAUCCUCACGGUGAUAAUAUACAUCGUUCUGGUGUAUUUGUGCCACGGCUUCACCCUGCCCUCCUGCGUCCGGUGAACCAUGUGCACCUUCGUCCAUCUCUCCCUCUACGACUCGGCUUUGUUCCGAUUCCGAUCCUGACUAUGUCCCGGGUUCCCUGUAUGAGCAGCUCCAAAAAAAAAUUCUUGUAUAAAAGGGGAAUGAAGCUUCAUGUUUUUCUUGUAUAAAUGGGAGAUUAUCGUUGCAUUGGCUGAUUGAUUUGCUUGUUAAGGCUCCUGACUAUGGUUGUAGACCAUCUUCGAUUUGGUGUAUUGCCAAGCAAAGUACCAUACAAUAGCAGCAGUCAAGUUACUGAUU